AUUGCAUAGUUCUUGUGUUGUCACUACACUGGCACUCUGCCGGCUGAGACUUUGACUUAGAGAAAGAUCAAAGAUACAAGAACGAAGAAAUAGAAAAUGAGUGAAUCAGUUUUAUUGUUAGGAAGUGGUGGUAGAGAACAUGCAUUAGCGUGGAAACUCUCUCAGUCAAAACAUGUCAGUGAUAUCUAUGUGGCACCAGGCAAUGCUGGAACUGUCCUUGAAGGUGGCAAAAUAAAGAAUAUUACAGAUCUGGAUAUCAAGCAGUUUAAAGAUGUUAGUAAUUAUUGCAAAGAGAAGAAGAUAAGACUAGUAUUAGUUGGACCAGAAGAUCCUCUAGCUAAUGGUAUAGCUGACCAUCUCACUGAGAAAGAAAUACCCUGUUUUGGUCCAAGUAAGCAAGCAGCUGAAAUUGAGUGGAGUAAAGAUUUUGCAAAGAAGUUUAUGAUACGUCAUGCCAUUCCUACAGCUCAUUAUCAAUCAUUUACUGAUCCUGUAGAGGCAUGUGAAUACAUUAACAAGGCAGAUCAUAAAGCAUUAGUAGUAAAAGCCAGUGGUCUAGCUGCUGGUAAAGGUGUUAUUGUAGCUGAAUCUCGGGAAAAAGCUUGUCAAGCUGUUAAUGAUAUACUUAAAGACAAGAAGUUUGGUAAUGCUGGUGAUGUAGUUAUUGUAGAAGACCUAAUAGAAGGUGAAGAAGUAUCUAUUCUAGCAUUUACUGAUGGUGAAACUGUAGCUAUGAUGCCUCCUGCUCAAGAUCAUAAACGUCUCAAUGAAGAAGAUAAGGGUCCCAACACUGGUGGUAUGGGGGCCAUUUGUCCAUAUUCAAAGAUCUGUGAAGAAAUGUUAAAGUUUAUUAAAGAGGAGAUAAUACAGAAAACAGUUGAUGGUUUAAAACAGGAGGGUAGAAAGUAUGUUGGUGUAAUAUAUGCUGGAUGUAUGAUAACUAAAUCAGGACCUAAAGUUCUAGAGUUUAACUGUCGGUUCGGUGAUCCUGAAACUCAGUCAAUCUUGUCCUUAUUAAAAUCAGAUCUAUAUGAUAUCUGUAAAGCCUGCACAAACGGUACAUUAUCAACUAAUCGUCCAGUAUUUGAUACUCAGCAUGCUACAGUUGGUAUUGUUCUUGCUAGUCAUGGUUAUCCAGACAAAUAUCAGAAAGGAAUGGAGAUAAAAGGUUUGGGAGAUGCCGACAAAUUAGGUGUGAAAGUUUUCCAUGCUGGAACUCUCCAGAAAGAAGAUAAAAUUGUCACCAAUGGUGGUCGAGUGUUAUUGGUGGUGGCAACAGAAACAGAUAUGGAAUCAGCAUCCCUGCGAGCGCUACAGGGUGCUGCUAUGAUUCAGUUUGAUAAAGUUUUCUAUAGGAAAGACAUUGGACACCAUGUUCUUAGAGAUGCAAGAGAGAAACCUCCAGUAUUAAAUGGGCUUACCUAUAAAGAUGCAGGUGUUGAUAUAGAAGCAGGGAAUAGCUUAGUAGAAACUAUCAAACCAGUUGUUAAAGAUACACAAAGACCAGGAUGUGAUGCUGCAUUAGGAAUGUUUGGAGCAGUAUUUGAUAUCAAGGCAGCAGGAUUCAAAGAUCCUUUGCUUAUUUCAGGUACAGAUGGUGUGGGAACAAAAUUGAAGGUUGCUCAUGCUGUAGGAAAUCAUGAUUCUAUAGGAGUAGAUCUGGUAGCUAUGUGUGUAAAUGAUAUCCUGGCUCAUGGAGCAGAACCAUUAUUUUUCCUGGAUUAUUUUGCAUCUGGUAAACUACAUGUUGAUACGGCUGCCCAUGUUAUUAAAGGAAUAGCUGAUGGAUGUAAAGAAGCUGGUUGUGCUCUUGUGGGAGGUGAAACGGCUGAAAUGCCAGGUCUUUAUCAUGGUGAAGAUUAUGAUUUAGCAGGAUUUACAGUUGGAGCAGUAGAACGUGAAAAUUUAUUACCACGUUUAGGUGAUAUCAAACCAGGAGAUCAUGUGAUUGGGUUACGAUCCAGUGGUCUCCAUAGCAACGGUUUUAGUCUUGUCAGACGUAUCUUAGAGAAGAAAGAACUGAGAUUUGAUAUGCCCUCACCUUUUAAAACUGGAAAGAUGUUAGGAGAAGAUUUGCUGACACCAACUAAAAUCUAUGUUAAGAGUUUACUACCCUUGAUAAAAGAGAAAAAGAUCAAGGCAUUCUGUCAUAUAACAGGUGGUGGUUUAAGAGAGAAUAUUCCACGUAUUUUACCGGAACAUCUCUCAGUUACUCUGGAUGCUAAGUCAUGGUAUAUGCCUGCUGUGUUUGGUUGGUUAUCUGAACUUGGUGGUUUAUCUGAAAAAGAAAUGGCUAAAACAUUUAAUUGUGGUAUAGGAGGAAUAAUAAUAGUCAAUCGUAGUGAAUCUAAUGAUAUUAUCAAAUCUCUAGAGUCUGUAGGAGAAUCAGCUGUUAUUGUAGGAACUGUUGAGAAAUAUACUGGUAAAGAGAAGUUAAAAAUAAAGAAUUUAGAGGUAGCAUUAGUUCAAUCGUGGAGACAUGUACCUGGUGUUAGUAGGAAAAAACGUGUUGGUGUUUUAAUCUCAGGAUCAGGAACCAACCUCCAGUCUCUGAUAGACUAUACUAGAGAUGUCAGUAAUAAUAGCUGUGCUGAGAUAUUAUUAGUGAUUUCUAAUAAAGAUAGUGUGCAGGGAUUAAAGAGAGCUAAACAAGCUGGUAUUAAUACCAAGGUAAUAAAUCAUACAGAAUAUAAGAGUAGAGAAGAGUUUGAUGAAGCUGUAAGUUUAUCUCUAGAAGCGGCUGGUGUAGAGAUAGUUUGUCUUGCUGGCUUUAUGAGAAUACUCUCAAGUGACUUUGUCAAGAAAUGGCAUGGUAGAUUAUUAAAUAUACAUCCCUCUCUCCUGCCAUCAUUUAAAGGUGCUAAUGCUCAUAAGUUAGUUCUAGAGUCUAAUGUUAGAAUAUCAGGAUGUACAGUUCACUUUGUUGCAGAAGAAGUUGAUGCCGGUGCUAUAUUAAUCCAAGAAUCUGUUCCAGUCUAUCCUAAUGACACUGAAUCUACCCUGUCAGAAAGAGUUAAAAAGGUGGAACACAAAGCUUUCCCUAAAGCCUUAGAAUUGGUUGCUAGCGAGGCAGUGAGUUUAAAACCAGGUGGAAAAUUAGAAUGGAAACAUUACUGA